CCCCGUCCGAUGUCAUGGUCGUGAGAUCUGACAACGGAGGAGAGUGUUUUGAGGGAGAGUUCGGCAGGGUGUGCCGGAAGUACUGCAUCAAACAGGAGUUCACCCCCGCACACAGCCCAGAAUAGAGCGAUGUAGCUGAGAGAGCACUGGGUCUGAUCAAGGAUGCAGCACUAGCCGCCCGUAUGCAAAGGCCAAUUCUUUACCCCGGAGCACCGAACUACCCUGCCUUUGGGCUGAGGCCAUACCUUGGGCAUGCAACGCCCUGAACUGCACCUCCACCACACACAUCCAACCCAGAGAAGAAAUCGCCGUUCGAAGAAAUCGCUGUUCGAGAUGUGUCAUGAGCACCCUCCCCCGCCGGGGGUGACGUACCCGUUCCUCAAACCUGCCGUAUACAAGGUCAAGCGCACACACAAGUCCGAGCCAAAAGCCCAAAAGUGUUUUUACCUCGGCCCGGGAAUCAACACCAACCGUGAUUGCGUGCGCAUCGUGAACGGAAAACGCCAAGCGAUCACAACUCGCAACUUCACCUGGCAAUCCGUACCCGCUGCCCCCACCGCCCUGCCCCAGUCGCUGCCUCCCAUCGCAGAGGAGGAAGAGAAAUUCGCAACUGGGGAGGACGAGGUUGGGGAGGGCGCGUCGAGCCAAGGUGGAGGGAGGGCGGAGGGAGAACGUGUGGAUGGAGGACCAGGUUUUAGCCUUGGCACGACGGCAGCCCCGGGGCUCGCGGGGCCGCCCGCGCGCGUAGCGCCAGCGGCGCCCCUGGCCGCGCCCCAGGAGUCGGGCGCGGGCGACGCUGGCGAUGGCGCCCCCUCGAGCACGGAGGACGAGAGCAUCGCCCCAUCUACCACGUUGGCCGGCAUGGCCGAUGUGGGCGGCGGCGAGGACGACCGCCGCAGCAGCAGCCGUGGUAGCGGCGGCAGCGGCAGCGACAGCGGCAGCUACAGCGACAGCGAGACGGAUCUCCCGGCGCUCCGUGGGCCAGAGCCCCUGCGGCUCGCCCGCUUCGACAAGCCGGCGGAACUCACUAGCCGCCGCACCAGGGAGAACCCUCGCCGAAAUUCAAGGUACGAGUCGCCCCCGUCGCCGACAAGUGCCGAAGCCCUGCUCGCCUCGGCGGCGAGCCUGCCCGUCAGGAGCACGGAGGAGUUCACAAGCUGGAUGCUCUCGGCGGUAACUCACGUGGCGGAAGGGCUAGAGGCAAGGGCGGUGCGAGAGUUGCUGCUCGAGCGCGCGGAGGAGGCCCACGCUGCGCGCCAAGAGGCGGAGGAUUUCCUGCUGGGUACGGUGGACCUCAUGCUCAACUCGCCAGACGCCUUCGAGACGGCUCUGGCGUCCCACGAGUUAAGUGAAUCCCCCACGGGACCGAAGCGAGAUGAUGAGAAGGGAGGGGAGUGGCCGGUGAGGGAGGCCAUCGGCAGCAUGAUGUGGGUGUCAACGUUCUCGCGUCCAGACGUCUCGUUUGCCGUGCGCGCGGUAUCGCGCCACGCCCACGCCCCGGCGAAGGGGCACUGGGAUGCCAUCCAGAAGAUCCUUGGCUACUUGAAAGGGACGAGGGACCUCGGCAUUACCUACCAACGGGGAUCGGGGUUAGGGCUGGCCGUGUACGUAGACGCUAGCUACGCCGACACGGAGGAUAAGCGUUCGGUGUCAGGGUUGGCGACGACGGUUGGAGGUACCGUAGUCAGCCACGGCAGCAAGACACAGAGCAUCGUGUCUCUGUCUUCGACGGAAGCCGAGUACAUUGCUGCCGGGGAGGGCGUCAAGGAGGCGUUGUUUGUGCAUGCUGUGCUUUCGUUUGUUGCCCCAGAGACCAGUGGUAGCAGCAUCCAGGUCCUUGGGGACAACCAGGGGGGAAUAGCAUUGGUGCAGAACCCCCUCGGCUCAGGUCGCACGAAACACAUCGACGUGAUAUUUCAUUUCAUACGCGGAUUGUUUUGGUCGGGGGAUAUUUCGGUCAAGUUCGUUCCGACAACGGAACAACACGCGGACCUCCUGACCAAGGCCCUUCGCAGGGCUAGUCUGCAGUACCACCAGCGCAAGUUGAUGAAUUUGCCGGAGUACUUGUAGCAGUUGCUAGCACUUGGGAGAGGUCAUGUUUUCCAUGCGGCGAAAGGCGAAUAACUGUUGUUGCGGUCUGAGUACCAAUGGCAGGAGUAGGGGGCGUUGGGAGACCAUCGUCCGGGGGAAUUUAGUUCCUCGCGUUCUUGUCUUCGCCUUGGCCUUCCUAAUAAGUGCGGCCGUUGUGAUCCGCUGUGAUAGCAACGGUUUUUGUGG